AUGUCUGAGAAAUACCCCAUCGGAACACGCUCAGAAAGCGAGCGUCUUGUUCGCCAGUGGGGCUUCAAACAUAUUUUCACCUGGACUGACGGAAGUAAUGCGUAUUAUUCUCCGCACACCCAUACCGGCCUCACGACACAUCUCAUCCGCCGAGGCUCUUUGACGAUCAGUUAUCCAGAGGACAAUUCAGUAUCAAACAGCGGACAAGCGAAGAAGGAGACAUAUGGUGUGGGAGAAAGGAUUGACGUGCCUGCCGGAAAGCUCCAUGAGGUUUGGAUUGGGGACGAGGGCUGUGAGUAUGUGAUUGGGGAAUAG